GCUCAGGACAGAAGCCAUGGCUCCAGCUUUCCAUGUCUCCUGGUUACUGGUCAGCUGGUUGGUGGUAACUACAGCAGAAGGACAAGAUGUAGUCACCCCUCCUGGCGGCUCACAAAAUAACGCAAAGCCUACAGACUGCCAGAUCUUCACACUCACUCCUCCGCCCACCACAAGGAAUCUGGUAACAAGGGCCCAGCCCAUCCCAAGAACACCCACGUUUUCUUUUCCACCAAGGGGGCCCGGCUUCUACCCGAGGUUCCCUUUCCUCCUUCCAAACACCCGUCGCUUCCAGUUCUGGCCUUUCUACUGGCCGCGAGGUAGACUGAUCCCUUGGAGAUUGUUCCUUAGAAGACAGCACCAGAGCGGAAGCUCAUCUGAGGAGAGCAGGGAGAACUGAGAAGCCCAAGAAUCGACGCCUCUGGAAAGGGUGAUGAAACUGUUUCUCUCGCCAACCUAAAAUCCCUGCAUUGGAAGAUUAAGUACCCUCAAUGACAGUGACGAGAUUUUUUUUCUUUUUCUUUCUUUUUUUUAAUCAACAACAAAGAGUUUGGAUUACACAUUUUUGCUUACAAAAUCUGGCCGUAACGGCAUCGGUUUUAUUCCACAGGAUAUUAGUGCAAAUAAAGUCUUUUAGUGGGCUGUUCUAAUAAUUUUUAUCCGUACUUGGACACCAGCAGUAUUAAUCAACCUCCACUUGCAAUUAGAGUGAAGGGCAUUUUAACGAGACCGUUAUGA